GGCGGCCGGGCGGCAGGUACUGGUGGGGAGCGGGUCCCCGGGCGCUGCGGGCCGCAGCCCGGCCUCCCGCGGGCGGGGAGGUGGCGGCGGGAGGGCGCCGGGCAGCCGCAGCGCUGCGGCGGAAAGGGGGGGCGGCUGUGCGCCGAGGGGCCGCUUUGCCCCGGAUCCGUCAGCGCUUCCCUUGGCCCGGUGCGGGAUGCGGGGGCCGCGGGCGGGGCCGGGCCGGGUGAUCGUCCUGAGGGCCGAGCUGCCCGCUCCCUCUCUCCCGGCCCCGAGCGGCUGCUGGGCGGGCGGGAGGUCGGUCGGUGGGGGCUGUCAGAGCCGGGGACGGCAGGGGGCGGCAGCGGCCCCGAGGAAGCGUGUCCGGAGCGGUGGCCGCGGCGGGGGAGAUCGCCUCGGUGCCGCAGCCCCGCCGCGUCCUGGGGCCUUUCCCCGCUCCUGGGCGGACAGGGGUCUCUGAGGGGGCCGGCUUCUCCCUCCCGCCUCUCCCCGCGGGUUUGGGCGCUAGUGCCAGCGAGCCGUGCGGCGCAGAGCAGCUCCUCACCGCUCCGGUUCAAAUCUCCCUCGCGGGGCUGGCGCCGCGGGCACUGCCCGCAUCCUCCGCGCUGCCCUGCGGGCCCGCCGGGGAGCGUUCCGUCAGGGCUGGACGUGCUCCCGCGGUCCCGUCCGGCCCCGCAUCUGCUGCCCUGUCGCGUCCGCCUCUUCCUCGUCAGAGGCAAGGAGGAGAGGAGGACUUUUCCCUGCCAAUCUGUCCCGUUUUCUGUCGGUUGCUCUCCCGCACCCGUCGUGUGAAUACUGCGAGAGGAGUGCUUAAUUUUUUUCCUGCUAGAGCACCACUCCUGAUGCUGAUAACUUCAUCUGUUUGCAUCUUGGGCGGUUUCUUUCUUUCGGCUGUACGUGAGCAACGGCAGGAAAAUGUGCUAAAUAGGAUCCUGCACUGGAGCUGCUUAUCAGUAAUUAGGUAAAGAAGAUAUUGUGCUGUUACCCAGUUGUCAUAGUUGACUGCAUUCUACUAACCUUCAAGGCUUCUACUGGUGUGAAAGUGUUGGUUGUGACAAUGACAACUGAAGUUGGCUCAGAGACUGAAGUAAAGAAAGAUUCUGAUCAGCUGGGACCAGACAAAGCCAAGGACAAGCCUGAAGAAGCAUCAGAGACUCCAGAAAAUCAAAAGUCCAAGGAAACAUUGUCUGAAGAAGUUAAAGAUUCUUCUUCUAUCCCAGCACCAACUAGCCAAAGUAGUCCAGGUAGCCAGAAGAAGGAAAAAACUUCACCUGAAAGCAAGGGUAUUUCUCGUUUCCUUCCCCCCUGGCUUAAGAAACAAAAAUCCUACACCUUGGCAGAGCCCAAAGAUGAGACCAAGAAGAGGACCACAGGGGAACAAACAGCUGAAGAAGGUGAAUGCCAGACACCAGAGGGGGUGUCUCAGCCAAAAAAGAGCUUAGAAGUAUUAGCGGCUGAAAGUCAGCAAAAUGCUAAAGCAGACGACAAAGAAGAAAACCACUCCGUUAGUAGUGCUGAAACACAGCCUGCCAAAGAAGAUGGAAAAGAAACGAAAGUGGAGCAAGUUGCAGAAGAAAAGGAAGAAAAACCAGAAGGAAAAGAAAAAAAAGAGACAAAAGAAGUGCAGACAGCUGAAACUAAACCAGAAAACAUUCCUCAGAAGUCUCCCAAGAAAAUUAAAACUGUGCAGUGUAAAGUGAUGCUUCUGGAUGGUACGGAAUACAGCUGUGACCUAGAGAAAAGAGCAAAAGGCCAAGUGCUGUUUGACAAAGUGUGUGAACAUCUCAAUUUACUGGAAAAGGACUAUUUUGGGCUGCUGUUUUAUGAGAAUUCAGAACAGAAGAACUGGCUAGAUUCUUCAAAGGAAAUUAAGAGACAAAUUCGAGGUUUACCUUGGAUAUUCACCUUUAAUGUGAAGUUUUAUCCCCCUGAUCCUUCACAGUUGAUUGAAGACAUCACUAGGUAUUUCUUGUGCCUACAGCUUCGUCAGGAUAUUGCUUCUGGUCGCCUGCCGUGUUCUUUUGUGACUCACACCCUCCUUGGUUCAUAUACCCUGCAGGCUGAGCUGGGUGAUCAUGACCCAGAGGAGCACCGCAGUGACUAUAUCAGUGAAUUCCAAUUUGCACCUAAUCAGACUCAAGAAAUGGAGGAGAAAGUAGCUGAGCUACACAAAACACACAGGGGCUUGACUCCAGCACAGGCGGAUUCCCAGUUCCUAGAAAAUGCGAAGAGACUCUCCAUGUAUGGAGUGGAUUUACAUCAUGCCAAGGAUUCUGAAGGUGUGGAUAUCAUGCUGGGCGUAUGUGCUAAUGGCCUGCUCAUUUACAAAGACAGACUCCGGAUCAACCGCUUUGCUUGGCCAAAAAUUCUGAAGAUUUCCUAUAAACGAAGUAAUUUCUACAUCAAAGUCAGGCCAGCAGAAACGGAACAGUUUGAGAGCACUAUUGGGUUCAAACUGCCAAACCAUCGGGCUGCUAAAAGGUUAUGGAAGGUUUGUGUGGAGCACCAUACUUUUUUCAGGCUUGUAUCACCAGAGCAGCCUCCAAAAGCAAAGUUUCUAACCUUGGGUUCCAAGUUCCGCUACAGUGGCCGUACGCAAGCACAGACGCGACAGGCUAGCAACCUCAUAGACAGGCCAGCUCCGUACUUUGAGCGCACUUCAAGCAAGCGUGUUUCCAGAAGCCUCGAUGGAGCUCCCAUGGGUAUCUCAGACCCAAGUCUGCUAAGAGACUUCCAUGCUACUGGAGUGCAGGCUGCUGGAGAUAAAGGAAUUGACAGUGAAGCUGCUGGUCAGGCUAAGUUAAAUGAAGGUGGUGAAGAUGGAAGCCCAGUCAAAACUCCGCAAUUAGAACUGACUCAGGAUGGAAAGAGCAAUUCCUUGAGAGUAGACGGGGAAAAUAUUUAUGUCAGACAUAGCAAUUUAAUGUUGGAGGACCUGGAUAAGACCCAGGACGACUUACUGAAACACCAGGCUAGCAUUAGUGAGCUCAAGCGCAAUUUCAUGGAAUCCACACCUGAACCACGCCCCAAUGAGUGGGAAAAGCGGCGUAUCACACCUCUGUCCCUACAGACACAAGGGAAAAAAGGAGACCACAUUUUCCAAGUGAAAACGCUGCCUGGGAAGGAGAAGCAAUGGAGUGCAAUGCCAUGGAUUGCUGGAGCAAAACCAGAGGAAACCGAUAAGAGCCUAGAAGAGGAGAUUACGUCCAUUUUGUUUAGUAAGGAGGGCUUUUGCGCUGGCACCAGAGGGCCCUUCGCCGCCGCCAGCGUGGGGCCAGCAGAGGGCGCUGCGGGGGAAGAGACCGCCGCCUCGGCCGCGCCGCCGCCCCAGAGACAUGCUUCCAGAGCAGAAGGGCCUUGUACUGGAGUCAGCGAUGCUGAUAAGAGUUCACAUGAGACUCUUGACAUAGUGGAGGAGAAGAAGCAGGCAGAGGUUGGGAUAGAAGAAAUAAUACUCAUAGACGAAACCAACAAAGGGAAAAUGCAAAUUGCCACUGAAGCUGGGGAAACAUGUAAGGUGGAGCAUCUGUCAAAAAAGGACUCUUCCUCAUUGCCAUCAGAUAGUAGCAGCAGCAGCAGUAGUAGUGAGAGUGAGGAUGAAGAGGUGGGAGAAUACCAGCCACAUCAUAGGGCAAUUGAGGAGGUCAUCAGGGAAGAACAGGAAGAAGAGGAAGACAUGAAGAGGAAAGAACAUGAAGAAAAAACACAGCAUGUGGAAGCCACACCAGAAAGCAGUAAACUAAAUGUACCAGUUGAGCAUACACAAGUUACAGCUGAAGAUUUGGUCCAGGAAAAUGCAGUUACCAUAGCUACAGAGGAGAAGAUUUUGUCAGAGGAAAUUAAGCAAGAUUUAGGUGAAGAAAAAGAGGAAGAACAGCUCAGACUCAAUGGAGAUGUGUCUCAUGUUGACAUUGAUGUUGCACCACAAAUAAUUUGUUGUUCUGAGCCUCCAGUAGUGAAAACAGAGAUGGUAACCAUUUCAGAUGCCACACAGAGAACUGAAAUCUCCACUAAAGAAGUUCCAAUUGUUCAAACGGAAACUAAAACUAUCACAUAUGAAUCUCCACAGUUUGAUGGCAGUGCCGGUGGCAAUGCUGGUGUGCUGCUGAGUGCACAGACAAUUACAUCAGAGUCAAUUUCUACUACCACAACGACGCACAUCACGAAGAUGGUAAAAGGUGGGGUAUCAGAAACAAGAAUUGAGAAGCGCAUUGUCAUUACUGGAGAUGCAGAUAUUGACCAUGAUGAGGCCCUGGCACAGGCAAUCAAAGAAGCCAAAGAACAGCACCCUGACAUGUCUGUCACAAGAGUGGUGGUGCACAAAGAAACUGAACUUGCUGAGGAAGAUGAAGAGUAAAAGCAAAUACUUCAGAAGUAAAAAUUAUACUGACCAUGAUCAUGACCAUGAAGAACUGUAACCAUUCCAAGUCACCACUACUCUGCUGAAUUCACCAAGCCUAGCAAUGAUGACCAGAUGCUCAAGACUUAAAUGCCAAUACCAAACUUCAUUUUAACAUCUUUGGUUUAUAUUCCCUUAAAAUCUUUCUUGUUUAUUUUUAUAACCACUUCUUAGCAAUCUUAGAUUUUUUUUUUUUUUUUUUUAAUGAAGUUUUAUAGGGUAUGAUCUUCUUUUGCACAAAUACUGGUAUUUUUGAAGCUGAUUCUUAAUUAUAUGAAAGUGAACAAAAAAGUCUGGCAAGCAUUGUUCACUGGAGCAGGUGGUAAUUGUGCAGGAAGAGUGAUCUUUACUAAUUUAGAUGUAGUUUUUUCCAAAAACUUCAAGUGAAAUCUUUUACUGGACUAAUUUACAGAUUAUCUUUUUUUUUUUUUCUUUGAGAUUAUUCAGGUAAAUAUAUGGUAUCAAAUAACAAAGAUUUUUAUAAAAAUACAGCAUUUCCUAAAAUUUGAAAAAAUAUAUUUCUUUGGAUAAACUUUAUAUUGAGAUCUCUGUAACUCUUUCUGUUCUAAGGUUCUCUCUGUGGAGCAGAGAUGGUGUGGCAGUCUAUAGAGGAGAAGGAGUUGCAGACACGUUUCUUCUGACUGAGCACUGUGUUCUUUUUGCACUUUGGUGCCAAUGCUCUACUUUUUGCAGCCAUGUUGCUGUCUGCAGCAUUCCAGAUAAGGAAAGAAGGAAGACAAAAUCUUUUUUCCAAUAAGAGAUGAUCUAGGCAGCUUAAAACCUUAGCGCUUUUUUCUUACUGUGUCCCAACUUCAGCACUUCCAUUAUUUGAAUACAUGUGUAGAAUGCUUGCUUUCUAUUAAACCUCACUGUCUCCACGUUAGAGCUGACAUUUCUGCUAUUGAGAAGGUAUACAUUUCAGAUGCUUCGUCUAAUGGUUAAUGCAGGUUUUUAGGAUAUUGAAUAAAAGCAUACAGUGGGUUCCAUCCAUAAAAUAAGAAGACAGUACCAUCAUUUGAGACUGCCAUUGAGAAAACCUGUUAAUUAUUUUGGAUUUUAUUUUUAUGUUGUUCUUGCAGGGGGGUUGUUUGGUUUGGGUUUGUUUGGUUUGGUUUGUUUUUUUUUUUCUGUCAACUCUGUGUAUAGUUAAAAUGCCAAAUUAGAUUUAUAGCAGCUUGAAGUUGUAUUAAGUGAUAUUUUGCUUUCUCUAAUUCUGUUAUAAAAUAAAGUUGUUUAUUCUCUGUAUAACAUUUGGCAUUCAGAUAUAAACUUGGAAGAUAUUUAAAGCGAGCAAGUCAGUUACGAGAACUGGAAUUCUAGAGGUCACAAAACCUUGAAAAGCAGGGAUUAGUACAAGUAGCCUCCAGGGUUUCCAGAAGGGGUGGCACAAUUAUCUGGCUCUUCAUACUGAUACUUAGGUAUCAGCGGUUUUUAGACAUGUUCCAAAAAGCAUCCUGGUUUCUGUGCUUCAGAGAGAAAAUACUCACAUGCCAAAACGAACGAGGUUUGGACAGCACAGUGCAAGUUCAGAUGCCUUUCAGUCUGCACGUGGUUCUGCUGAGUUCAUUGAGUUAGGAGGUACUAUAAACUUCAAGUAACAAAACAAAUCAUAUAAUACGUCUCAGUAUGUUCUUUUUCACUUUUGAGCAGUGUAUUUUUGGUGCUGUUUUCAGUUUAGAUUGCUGCCACGUGCUAGCAUGCUUGCUUAACGGAAAUUUGUAUUAGCUUUGGCUUUGUAUAAUUUGGAUAACAUAAAACAACAGUAACCAAGAUGUUGAUUUCUAUAUUCACGUAGGUGUUCUCAGUUACAUCCCACAUUACACAGAAAAAUAGUAGCAGAUAACAAUCUUACCUGCCUUUCUUCAGAAGCAGAGACAUUAUGCCUUCAAAAAGGGGAAGAGAACUCCCUCCAGACUAAUGACAUAAGAAUACUGACACCUGUGGAAACAGGAGAACUUGUGCACUGAGCAUGAGUAGGGAGGUUGCCAAAGAAAUUGCACGUUUCGGAUAUGUAAGUGGAGGUCAAAAUAGAAAUACAUGCAUUUAGUGGGAUGUCUUAAUGGAUUUUUCAUACAAAAGUGUCUAAGAAAAAGCUCUAUAAUUUUUUUUCAGGUGUUUUUGGUACAACAUGUUAGUUGCACAACUCGUUUGAGGGCAGGAAAGCAUGUUACUUCAAAUUCUUACUGAUUUGGAUCUUUCUGAUUUGUUAGAUGCUAGGUCAGUAUUGCGUUCUAUUGCAAUUGUAUUUAAUUCUUAAAAGUGCAAAUACAAUAUUCUUAAAAGCAAUAUUACUUUCACUGAGAGCUGUAUUUCUUCAAAAACUAAUCAGAACCUUUUGUCAGGGAAAAAUUAAUAGGGCUUUCAGGUCAGUUAUAUCUAUCUUGUGCAUAGCUAUCCCUUCCAUUGGUUAAACAUGUACUAAUUAAACAGCCACUGUCACACAGAAAGACAUAAGCCUCAAGUGUGAUCUAACCUAAAAAUAGUCAAGUUUUACAGAUUCUGGUUGUAUGUAAUUUUUCAAGUGUUCUGGAAUAUUGUGCAAUUAUGAGUUUUCAUCAUUACUUUUUUUAUAUAUCUACAGCAAAAACUGCAACAGGCAACAAAUGAAAUUGUUUUCAUGGCACUUCACAAGCUGGCUUUAUAAUACAUAAGUAAUUUCAAAUACAAUUACAGGGCAAUUUAAUGAGAAGAUAUUUCAGUAAUUCUGCUUAAAUACUUCGAAUAGUGAGUCAUGUAGGUCCUACACAGAAAUACUUAAUAAAUCUUUUUAAUCAUGAUGACCUAAGGGUUCAUAAUAAAUGUUGGAAUUGCUCUACAGAUUAUUUUCUACAUGAAGAUUUCAUAAAGGACAAGCAAGCAAGUUUGGUGACAGACUGGUAAAAAAAAAAAAGAAGAUUUAUUGUUCAAAGCGCUGAGCAACCACAAUACAAAGUAUCUCAAAGUAUUCUUUAUUUGACAACUCAAGCUGAAUGGCAUCUUUCAUUUCAAAUCAAAUAGAUGGAAUAAAAUAAAUGAAAUACUAUGGCACAGGUCAGAGUUUGAGAUGUGACAGUGAUCAGAAUGACAACUAACUACUUUUGGCCAGGAUGCAGUGGGAGAUUCUCAGCUUUUAGGCACAUUUGCCAUGGAAGUGGGCUUGUAACAGCUGCUAUCCCGUACUGUUGACCUGACUAAACCUCUGGAAGGCUGGAAACCAUUUUGAUUUUCAGGCUGCUUAGUUGUUUGGAGUUUGUAUACCACACUGGAAAAAAGAUACUUGAAUUAGUGAUAUUAGUGCAAAUUACAAGCAUUAGAAAUGAUGCUAAUACUUCUAGCUUAAAGUUAUUCUGUUUGGCAUGUAGCAAAUAGUACAAGAGUUUUUGGAGGUAAGGUUUGUAUGAAUGGCUGUACUGGGCUAGGCUAGACGAGUUAACACUCCCAGAUUCCUACCUCUGAGGCUACUAUUGGUAGUUGCCUAGGGGUGUGUGUAAAAAUUAAGUAUCGUACUAGCAAGUACUACUUUCCCAAAUAGUCUUCCAGCUUUCAGCAAUUUUCAAAGACUUGCUGGUCAGUCAGUCUUUCAUACUUACCUGCCUCUCUGGAUUUUUGGCUAAUUGCUUUUUAAAAAAUUCCUCUGUCAGGCAUUUUCACCAUUUCAUGUGUGUUAAGGAAAAAAAACCACCUUUCAUUUCUCCUGAACCUGCCCCUGCUGGCUUCAUUUGAUAGCACCACUGCAGAUACUAGAAGAGACACCUAGCAGUCAUUCUCUUCAGGCAUUCCCCAGCCAAAAGCUAUUCCACAAUUCUUUAUCAUUUGUAGCACCUUUCUCUGUAUGUUUCCUACUUGAAUGUUGAGACUUUAAAUUCUGUUCUGGGAAGUGGAGAGGAAGCAAUCACAGAUAGAUGAGGAGGUUUUGAACAUGCUUACAUGUUAUAGGUAGAGCGGAAUCAGUUUCACAUUCUUGCUAGUCACAGGAAGACAGAGGUCUUCUCAGUGAUAACAAAAAUUGAAGGCAAAUUAUUUUCUUGCAAUCACUGUUUUCAUAUAUAUUUAGAGAAUGCUUUUAUAAUUUACGUAGACAAAGACACAGUUCUAUGGUGUUACUUAAAUAUAUUUUUCCUUUUUGAAGAAAUUGUGUAACAUACCAUGAUGUGUUUUGUGCCUGUAACAUGAAAACUGAGAUAUUUCUCGACACUGUUCAGUAAUGGAACUGAGAACAGCAAGGCCUAAGGGCUUUCAUGACAUGUUACUGAGUCUUGAAUGUUAGAUCCUUCUACAUGUUGGCAAUUACUGCUCUGGAAGCAGUUGUAUCAAAGGCAUCCAGUGUAUCUCUACAGUAUUCAGUAUCCAUACCACUAUUUUACAAUAAAGUGCUAUUGAAGAGUGG